UAGUUGCGCACAAACCGGCAACGGUUGAGAGAGUGUGUUCGUUUGUUCGCUUGAUUCAUUUGCGUUUCUGUUUGUUUGCAGGCCGGUUAUCUUAUCAGCGGUUUUCACUAUCGAUAAAUAAGACAUGUCACUGGUGCAGCAACUUAUCCUGAAAUUGUACAAUCGCUCUCCAAGCGCUGGUGUGUGUGGUAGCAAUUAAAGUUAAAGCAGUACGAAAUCCAUGAGAAAUAUGGUGUUUUUUCUUCUAAAUUAAUUUGGUACGCUUAAGUUAAAGCUUAAUUAUCACAUCAUAAGUGAAAAGUUACUCCCAACCAUGACCACAUUCAAGCUAAUACCAACGUUCCUCGUGUCUACUUUUCUGUUUGUUUUAGUGUUUGCGCAAGCCUCUCGUCCAAUAGUCCAAACGAAAUGUUUCUUUCAAAAAAAUUGCAUCGAUUGCCUUGACGCUGACAAAGAAUGUACAUGGUGUACGGAUGAAUAUUAUGAAAUGAGAAAAUCACGAUGCAUGACGAAACAAGAACUAUUAGAAUCAAACUGCAACGCAUCCAAAAUCGAGACGAACGAAAACUAUUCUUAUUUUCAAAUCACGCAAAAUGAACCACAUCGGGAUUUCAAUUCACAGCAGCUAGAAGCGAUCCAAAUAUCGCCUCAGAAAAUGAAGCUAAGUUUGUCAAAAUUGGCCUCAAAAACGAUUUCGUUUCAAUACAAACCCGCCAAAAACUAUCCAUUGGAUAUGUACUACCUGAUGGAUCUUACCUGGUCGAUGCGAGACGAUAAAGCAACGCUAGAAAGCAUGGGUAGCCAGUUGGUACUAGCACUGGCUAACAUGACGGCUAACCAUAAGCUCGGAUUUGGCAGUUUCGCCGACAAACCGGCCGUACCGUUCAUACAAUCCGAACCGCAUCGCCUCCAAAACCCAUGCUAUUCGGAAAAUGAUCAGUGCGAACCAACGUACGGCUUUCGGCAUCGGUUGAAGAUCACACGUGACAUCAACAGUUUUAUUGCGCAGGUUAAAGAAAGCAAUGUUACCGGCAAUGUGGACAAUCUAGAGGCAGGUUUGGAUGCGCUAAUGCAGGUGUUGGUAUGCGAAAAACAAAUUGGAUGGGGCUCGAACACGCGCAAGAUUGUGGUCGUUGCUACGGACGGGUGGUUGCACAUGGCCGGUGAUGGUUUGCUGGCCGGUAUCGUGGAAGAAAAUGACAAACAGUGCCAUUUGGACGAGGAGGGCAACUUUGUGGAUGUAUUAAAGUACGAUUAUCCAUCGUUGGAGCAAAUCUGGCGUGUAUUGUUACGCUCCAAAACGGCCGUGAUAUUUGCAGUCACCGAGGCUCAGGAAGAUUACUACCGACGACUCAACGAACUGAUGCCAGAGUUUACAAGUGUUGGCCGGCUGCAGGAUGAUUCGUCCAAUAUUAUUCAACUGGUAAACGAUGGAUAUCGAGAAUUUAUCAAACGCGUCGAGUUCACCGACAACUCGCCAGAUUAUCUUCAAGUGCGUUACACCACUGACUGUGGUGGACUGUAUCGCGAACCGCAACCAAUUAACCGAUGUGAUAAUAUUGAAAUAGGAAAGGCAUACAAAUUUAAUGUUGAGAUACAGUUGCUGGAUUACCCUAAAGAUCCGUCGAUUACGAAUGUCUCUGUUCGCAUUGAGGAAAAACUGAUCGAUAAUGAAGCGGUAGAACUUGAAAUCGAGUUAAGAACUUCAUGCGAUUGUGAUAAAAACAAAAAACCAAUGGAACUAAGUGAGCUGUGUAACUUCAACGGGGAUUACGUAUGUGGACAGUGUCAGUGCUAUGUUGGAUGGAUCGGGAAAACGUGCGAAUGCAAUCUACAAAACUCGCAAAACCGACGAGAACUGUUCGAGCAAUGUGUAGUACCUAGUAUAGGUGACGAGUUGCGUAGCGGUCCUAUUUGUUCUGACCGAGGAGAAUGCAUUUGCGGUCAAUGUUACUGUAAUCCCGGAUUCGAAGGAGAACAUUGCGAGUGUAACGAAUGCGCUCAGAUUGAUGGGACGAUUUGUGGAGGUACAGACCAUGGUAUUUGUACAUGUGGGACAUGUAGUUGCUUCGAUUCAUGGAGUGGUGACAAUUGCGAUUGCACCACGGACACAACUGGAUGCAAAGCACCAUCGAAUGAUGCACUGUGCUCUGGACAUGGAAAGUGCAACUGUGGACGUUGCACUUGUGACGAAUCCUUUUUUGGCCCAUUUUGUGAAACUAAAGAUGGUGAACAACCGGCCCUAUGUUCAUCUUACGAAGAUUGUAUACGCUGUGCAGUGUAUGGGAUAAAUGAUAUACCUUGCCAAGAUUUGGACAGAAAGUGUCGCGAAAAGAUUGGCCUGUACAAGGUAGAAUUGAUUGCUACAACGAAUGACUUUCUCAAUUGCACUUUUCGAUUCAACGACGAAAAGAAUGUGUGUGACUACAAGUUCUCGUACGCACUUUCGACCAAUGCAGAAACAUUGCUAAAGGUACAAAACUUUCAAUGCAAAGAGAUUAACUUAAUUGCAGCUGGGGUCUCCAUCGCUAUAUCGAUUAUUGCCGGAGGUAUAAUGCUGCUGUUGUGCUACAGAUGCAAACUAACGUACGAUGAUCGGAAAAUGUUUGCCAAAUUCGAAAAGGAAAGAGAACAAGAGACGAAAUAUCAGAUGGAUAGUCCGCUCUACAAAUCGCCAAUAACGGAAUUCAAAGUUCCUGCUGAGAUGGAGACAAGCGUUUUAUAAGUUAUAACUAAGUACAGCUACAGCAGAUAUUGAGUUAUUGAUCGGUAAUAAGAGUUAUUAUUCGGUUGUUCAUUAUCAAUUCAAAUAGAUUGUUUAAUAGACUAUAUACUCCGUUAACAUACAUCCAACGUUGUUGUUCUUCACGAAUAAGAUACAUCACCUUGUAAACGCGAAACUUUCCUUUAACAGUAUGAUUAGAAAAUAGCAAAAAUCAGACUACAAUUAAUUUCAUGCCUAACAGCCCGUUGGUGCUGUAGUUAUAAUUAAAGAUAGUUCUAGCCCUGGGGCGUUUUGAAUGUAUCUUUAGAGUGGGUGGACAAAUUAAGUUGGGGAAAAAUUCUUUAAAAAACCCCUGAAUAAGAUUCCUUAAGAUUAAGAUUUAGAGUUACUUAAGAUUAACAAUAAAUGGAAAAAAACAAA